AUGAAACACGGCAAAAAGAGGAAAGCCCCAACGUUUGUGGAAUCGGAAGACACGCCGGAAAUUAAGAAGCCCCAGGGAAGUUUGGUGUGUUUGAACGAAAGGAAGCUGAUUGUGGUGCUCGAGGGGGCUCAGCUUGAGGUGACAAAGGUGGGCAAUGUCUUUGAGCUCCUCAAUUGCGAUGAUCACACAGCAAUUCUGCGCAAACACAAUCGAAGUCCAGGAUCGUGUCGUCCAGACAUCACCCAUCAGACCCUCCUGAUGCUAAUGGACAGUCCUCUGAAUCGUGCAGGGCUUUUGCAAGUCUUCAUCCGGACGCAUCAAAAUGUACUGAUUGAGAUAAAUCCUGUUACUCGAAUCCCCCGGACUUUCAAACGUUUCGCUGGGAUGAUGGUGCAACUACUGAAUAAGUUUUGCGUGAGGGCGGACACCACAACGGGGGAAAAGUUACUCAAAGUCAUCAAGAAUCCCAUCACAAAUCACUUGCCGGUCGGCUGCAAAAAGUUAACGAUGUCCUACACGGGGAAUCUGGUGGGGAACUGCAGGGAAUUAGUUCCCAAAGAUGAUAAGCCCAUUGUAGUUGUGAUUGGGGCUUUUGCCCAUGGGAAUGUGGAGGUGGAUUACACAGAGGAAUCAAUUUCAAUAAGUAAGUUUCCCCUUUCAGCAGCCCUUACCUGCACAAAGAUCUGCAAUGCUUUCGAAGAGGUGUGGAAUGUAGAAUGAAGGAUAAUUUACUGUUCUGUUUUUGUAAAUAAAAAUUGAAAAUUAUAAAAAAAA